AUGUCCGGAUACGCCACGGAAACUUCAUCACUACAUUUCAAUACGCUAGAUCCUGGAAAUCGGGGUCCAGUUAGCGAAAUCCAAGAUCCUGAAUUAGGAACUUCUUCUAUUAUUCAAACUAAGGAAUUUGAUAACGGCCAAAAAAAAAAUAUAAACUUAGAUACGCAACCGACCAAACAUUUAUCACGAGAAGAAUUAAAAGAAAAGGCCAAAGUUAACCCUUUUCUUCAUUUUUUUGCUGGAGGUGUUGGUGGUAUGGCUGGUGCUGUUUUCACGAGUCCUCUAGAUGUUGUCAAGACUAGACUACAAAGUGAUAUUUACAAAUCGCAAUACUCAGCAACCUCCGCACGAACUGCGCAUAAUCCUGUUACCAAGGCAAUCGCGCAUGUUAAAGAUACCAUUGGUAUCAUUACAAAUGUUUACAAAUUGGAAGGUAUUCGUGCUCUUUUCAAGGGUCUUGGUCCAAACUUGGUUGGCGUAAUCCCAGCAAGAUCAAUCAAUUUUUUUACUUAUGGACUUGGUAAAGAUAUUAUUUCACAAGCUUUUAAUGACGGAAAGGAGUCUGUUGGAGUUCAACUUUCUGCCGCUGCAUGUGCAGGUAUUGUCACCUCUACAGCUACAAAUCCCAUUUGGUUAGUUAAAACUCGUCUUCAGCUUGACAAAGCUUCAAAGGGACAAAGACAGUAUAAGAACAGCUGGGAUACUAUUACUAAAGUUGUAAAACAAGAAGGAUUUUUUGGAUUAUAUCGUGGUCUUACUGCAUCCUAUCUAGGCGUUGCAGAGAGCUCUCUUCAGUGGGUUCUUUAUGAACAAAUGAAAUCUUUCAUUAGAAAUAGGGAAAAGCACAGACGUGAUUUGGGUAUCCUUCAUACAAACACAGAUAAAGUUCUUGACUGGUUUGCCACCUCUGGUUCUGCAGGAGCUGCAAAGCUCAUGGCUUCGUUAAUCACUUAUCCUCAUGAAGUAGUACGAACUCGUCUUAGACAAGCCCCUAUGCAAAAUGGAACACCAAAGUAUAACGGCUUGAUCAACUGUUUCAAAGUAAUUAUUAAAGAAGAAGGUUUUCUUUCGAUGUAUAGUGGCCUUACUCCCCAUCUUCUUAGGACUGUUCCCAACAGUAUUGUGAUGUUUGGAACAUGGGAAUUAAUUAUUCGAUUAAUGUCAAAUACUGAAGCUUGA